UUCCAUAUUCUUUGUAGAAGAACCCAUAUAGCCAUAGUCUGGUAAUCAGGGUAGUUCGUCCAUUUAUCAUCCGUUUAAAUGGCGGACAAGUCCACGCGCUGUCUACGCCCCGUCUCGCUUGCACACAGUCUGGCGUCUUGCUCGCACACACAGGGGACACCUGCCCGUGUCGUCGGUGUCGCUGGGAAGAAGAAUCCGCUGCGAAGAAUCCGAAGAAACGGGAAUUCAGUCUCCUCGCGAUGCUCUGGCACUGAUCUUCUCUCCGCCGAUCUUCACGUGCGUUCUAUUCUUUUUUUUCUUUUGAUUUUCCGGCAUUCUAUCUGUCUCUUUUUCACAUCUUAAAUUACCGAACAAUCAUAAUAGCAAUAAUAAAAACAAGCAAAUAUGGAAAAUUUUAAAAUGAAAACUCAUAAAAAUAAAUGAAUUGUUUGAAAUGCACUAAUUAAUACUCAAUGACCAAAAAACAACAACAAGAAACAAGCAAGGAGGAGCUACAACAACAAUCAUUAAAAAAAACAACUAUAAUUGAUGGAUAUUCUGGCCAAAAAAAAUAAAUAUAAUUAGCAAUUAAAAAAUAAAACGAGAAAAUAAAAUAAAAACAUAACAAGCAGUUACAAGCUUGCUUAAAAAGUGGAAUCGUCAUCGGAUUUAUAAUCGUUAUCGAAAUCGUACUAGUUAUCGGUUAUCGUUAUCGGUUACCAGAUUCGCCCGCAGGCCCAAGAACUGAAAGGAGAACCGACCACAAGGACGAUAAGGAUCAAAAUAGGCCAAAAACGGAUAAAAACCAAAAACAAUGACAAUGUUCUCCUUGCUGACAGCUACGCUGACUGCGACGGCGACGGCAACCGCGACUGCAACUGCAACUGUGACGCCAGCCGAGGCAGAGACAGAGGCAGAGGCGGCUGGAUCCGAAAUGUUUUCGGAUGCGGAUGUGGCGGAAGUGCGGCGUGUUGUUCAACGCAUUUUGGUGCCGUGCGUUUUUGUUAUUGGCCUAUUGGGAAAUUCAGUGAGCAUUUAUGUUUUGACGCGAAAACGUAUGCGUUGCACUACGAAUAUUUAUUUAUCCGCCCUGGCCAUCACGGACAUCGCUUACCUGACUUUCCAGCUAAUUCUCAGUCUCCAGCACUACGAUUAUUUCAAGUAUCACAGCGAAAUAUAUUGGCAAUUGUAUGGAUAUGUUGUAUGGCUAUGUGAUUCAAGUGCCUACAUAUCGAUUUACAUCGCCGUGUGCUUCACAAUUGAGCGAUUCAUUGCGAUUCGUUAUCCGCUCAAAAGACAAACAUUCUGCACAGAGUCCUUGGCCAAGAAGGUGAUUGCCGCUGUGGCACUUUUCUGCCUCCUGUCGACACUUUCAACGGCAUUUGAACACUCGUACGCCCGGGGAUACCGACUGAUCGACGAUGCCUAUCGUCCUUGCAACCAAACCCUCGCCAAUGUUUCCCCGCAGCCCCAGCCCCUCAUCCCGUCUCUCCACAUGCAGGCUCCCAGUCCCUCGGCCUCUACCACGCCCCUGCCCACCGUCAUGCUGCCCACACCGGUCACUCCGCACUGGCAGGACUCGCGGGAUUCACAGGACCUGGCUGGCAGGAGCACGGAGAAGCCGCUCGGAGGAUUAUUUUUGGCUGCUGACGUGUUCAGCGGUGGCGGUAGCGGGGAUGGAGGUGUACCAGAGAAGCGCUGGCAUUUGCCUUCGUCUGGUUUUAGAACAACGCCAUCUAUGAGUAAAGUUAUUCAAGAACAGGAUAUAGAUCAGGAUCAGGAUCAAAGUCCAGAUGUGGUCACUGAAAGUCUACAAUUUCACUCCCGUCGCUUGAGAAGUACUUCGGAUGUGAAUACAACCGAGGCCUUUGCAUUUAAUGUAACAGAAUACUGUCAGAAUGUGACUUAUUUUUUUCAUGCAUCUUCCGAACUUGGAAUGAACUAUCUGUAUGCCAGUGUUUGGAAUAUGUUUACACUUUUGGUUUUCGUCCUGUCACCUCUACUUUUGCUGGCCACUUUCAACUCCUUUUUGAUAUUAUUGGUACACCGUUCGAAAAAUCUACGAGGUGAUUUAACAAAUGCCAAUAGUAUAAGACGGACAAAACGAAAAUCAAAUACUGGAAUAACUGGUACAGUCUCGCAAGAGAAUCGAGUUACGAUAACUUUGAUAGCUGUGGUCCUACUAUUCAUCGUUUGCCAGUUACCCUGGGCCAUAUAUCUCAUAUUGGAACAGUAUAUGGAGAUCCAUGGGAGUACUCAGGUGGUGGCUGGGAAUAUUUGCAAUUUGCUGGCUGCCUUUAAUGCGGCAUCAAAUUUUUUCUUAUACUGUGUGCUAUCCGAUAAGUAUCGAAAAACAGUGCGUGAGCUGAUAACCGGUUAUCGUUAUCGACGCCGGCAUAUGCGUAAUAAUACGAGUCUCUAUGUACCGCACACCACCACCACAUUGACCCACAUAAAUGGCGAUCGUGGUGGUGGAGGGUCCUAUUACGGUGGUGCUGGUAAUCGAAGAAGUCAAAAUAAAUCGGCUGCCAUGGGUCGCCUGAUAGCGUGAAACUUGAAAGUUUUUUUUUAAAUAUUAUUAUACAUAUAUUUGUAUUUUUGAGAAAAUAUAGUCCAUUUGUGAAAAUCCAGAGAGGCAUGAAAAGUCAUGGAAAUGUUUUAACGAUUACUCUCGAUUAUUUCCGAUAGUAAUUAAUAUUGUUCUAUUAUCGAUUAACGGUUAACGAUUAAUCGAAAUGGCAGGAUCUGUGCCUGCAAUUGUUGUAUUCUUAGCUGCAUCGAUUUAAUGUUAAUUGAUAUCUCUAUAAUAUAUAUUUAUAUACAUAUGUACGAGUAUAUAUACUACAUAACCUACAUUGUGCCAUAAUGUGAUGAUUAUAGAUUUAUGCUAGUUAACCUAAACGUAAUUGUUGUCCUAAGUACUAAACGCAUCAAAUCAAAUACACAAUACACAAUACACAUACAAAUAAGA